UACCUGUGGGAUAGGUAGCGGGCAAAACCUAAACGAAACAAUGGAGAAGGGGAUGAUAAGCGUGGAUCGAUGGAGUGAGCAGAGCCAGGCUUAUUUCCUCACUCAUCUCCAUGCAGAUCACACCAAUGGCUUAUCUUCCAAAUGGAGCAAAGGUCCAAUCUUUUGCUCCCCCGUUACCGCUAAGCUCUUUCCCUUCAAAUUCCCUGGUUUCCACCUUUCCCUGCUCACGGUUUUGGAGAUCGGAAUUUCACAUUUGAUUUCUUUGGUAUCUCCUUCCACCGGAUUGGAAACUUCGGUUCAUGUUACAGCCAUUGAUGCUCACCAUUGUCCUGGUGCUGUCAUGUUAUUGUUUCGUGGUGAAUUUGGAUGUAUCCUUUACACUGGUGAUUUCCGUUGGGAAUCAACCAGUGAAAGGGCAAAUUUAGGGAAGAACACACUCGUCAACGCUCUCAUGGGUGAUAAAGUGGACUUCAUUCACCUAGACAACACUUACUGUAAUCCAUUGUAUUCCUUCCCUCCUCGAGAAGUUGUUGCCCACCAGGUUCACUUCCAUAUGUGUUUUUUUUUUUUUUUUUUUGGGUGAAUAAAUAAUCCAUUACCAAGCAAAAAGGGAAAAAGAUCACAGCCCCUAAUAAGGGGAGGGCGGAGAAAGCAAAACCAACUCAGAGAGUAGUUCUAGGAAGCUCCCAGGAGUUAACAAUAUGACAGUUUCUAGGGGAGGCAUUACAAGUGGAAGUAAUCCAAGAGAUUUUGGUUUUGACAUCAAAGAAGAUGGAGCCCCCAAUUAUUAUCAAGAGGACGAAAGUUGGAGGUCAAUUUUCUAUGAUUUAUAUUCAUCCAGAUUUGGUUUAUUGUAGCGCAAAAGGCAAGUUUUGCCACAAUAUCACAAAUAGUCUUUCCCUGAAAAGUCAUAUCCAUCCAAAUCCAUUCUCUGAGAAAAGAAAAAAUUCUCCUAUAAGGAUCAGUUUCCAGAUGGAUGAAGAAAUGAUUCAAGCAAAGAAGAGGUGCUCUAUAGCCUCCAUCUCAUUGCCACGUAGCAUAUACAUUGGGUAAGUUGGAAUGCCUCUUUGAAUGGGGAAAUAUUGUGUGGGUAAGGAGUUAGUAAACACUCUCCAAGCUAUAAAACUCUGCUGGGGGAUGUGAUGCUUGAACCAUAUGAGACGGUGCCAUGGAGAGGCCGGCCAUGAGUCCUGACAAACUCUCAAGCUGCCUUUGAAGAGAAGAGCUUAGAAGAGGAAGGCAUCCAGAGAAUAUUGUCGUGUCUUUGUUGUUGGGAUAUUGGGAUGACCGGCAAAGAGUUCCAAAUAUCCGCAAGAUGGGUUAAAGAAUGAGCCGGGGGAGACCAGUUGCCUGAAGAAAGAAUAUCAACCACAAGGGCAAACUUGGAUAGGCUUAAGUUGUAAAUUCUUCUGGCACUUAUAUUGUGAUAAAGGAUUCCCUUGGGGUGCCAAGGGUCAAGCCAAAGGAAAAUAUUAGCCCCAUUGUCUAUCUGGGAGGAGAUGACUGAGAAUACAGAGGGGCUUUUACGCCACACCCAUGAGGCACCUGUCGGAAUUUUCACAGUUCAAAAAGAAUCCGAUCUAAGAGGAUUCGAGUUAACCCAUUCGACCCAUAUACUUUUCUUUUUAGAGAUGAUCUUCCAAGCCAAUUUGAUGAUACCAGCCAGAUUAACAUUCUUGAUCCUUCUCAAACCAAGCCCCCCCUUCUGCUUUAGGAAGAUAAACAACAACCCAGCUCAUGGGGCAAAGAAAUCUGGUACAUUCGCUUCCUUUCCACAAUAAAGAGGAAAAAAUGGACUCUAGCUUUGAAAUGACAGAUUCCGGCAAACCAUAGAUGCCCGACCAGUAAAUGUAAGAAGCUUAGAGAAUGGAUCUAAUGAGCUCAAGACGACCCACAAAGGAUAGAAGCUUUCAUUUCCAAAGCUAGAGGUGCUUCCUAAUAAGGUCAAGCAUAGGAGAACAAUGAUGGGCAGAGAGCCUGACUAGAAUAAGAGGGAGCCCAAGAUACUUCACUGGAAGGUGCCUAAUGCAGAAACCAGUUUGCUCCAGCAGGGAGGCUUUGGCAGAUUCAGAGAUCCCAGUCAAGAAGUUAGGAGAUUUUCCGGAUUGAUAUGGAGCUCAGACAUUGCAGCAAAUUGAGCCAGAGAUAGCAUGAUGUUUCCUAGAGAAGAAGGAUCAGCUCUGGAGAAGAUCAUCAAGUUGUCAGCAAAAGUAAGGUAAGUAAGCUUAAAAGCCUUGCCCUUAGGGAUCAAAGAUACUGGUCUUUGGCCACUUGCAAACUUCUAGAAUGAGCUUUCAUAGCAAGACAAAAGAUGCAUGGAGAGAGAGGGCAUCCUUGCCUGAUACCCACUGAAGAAGAGAAGUUGCCAGUCGGACUUCCAAUCACCAAGACUAAGAAUUGAGGGGAAGCAAUGCAGUGAUAUGUUCAAUCAGUGAAAAUUGGAGGAAACCCCAUGCUGUUGAAGACCAAAACAAUGUAAUCCCAUCUCAGAGAGUCAAAAGUCUUGUGGAUGUCUAUCUUCAUAAGGGCAGCUGAGGAGUGGGAUUUUCUGUCAAACCCUCUAACAAUUUCAUGGCAAAGGAGAAUGUUAAUGUUAUCCCCAAUACUUCUCCCAGGGAUGAAGGCCGAUUGGUUGCUGCAAACAAAGGAGUCAAUCACGAACUUGUUUCUAUUAACAAGUAUUUUAGCUAUAAAUUUAUAGAGGAGAUUACAUAAAGAAAUUGGCCUGAAGUCCUUCAUCUCAUCAGCUCCCUCUUUCUUCUGGAUGAGCCAAAGAAUGAUGUGACCUUUCCCUUUGA